UUAGACAAAUGUUUAAAGUCAAACAACAUUUAGUAUGUACAUUUGAAUUUUGUAUGUAUUUAGUAUGUUUAGUUUGUGCAUUUUGAAGCGCCUCCGUCGUGUCACAAAAGCUCCAAACCUUAUCAGACAUCAAAACUAAAUAUUGUUGCUCCAUCACUAUUUGGCAUUGUCGAGAUUCUGUGUUAAUUAAUGGCCUCUAUUGUCAGACAUAAACUCCCCCCAGUUGUUCUCGAGGUAAAUAGAUAAGAUUCACAUGCUUUGGGUCAACGAGGUGAGACAAACUUUACAAGCCUCGUGUUCACAACAAAGAAAAGGUCAAGCGUUUUCCAAAUUAAUGAAAACAUUUUGUACUUGUCUAGGCAUAGGAGGGUGACACACACACUCGCACACACACACACAACUAUAGUGCAAAGGGCUUUUUGGCCCCAUUUAGUGGGAAAUACCAGUACGCACUCACACAAUGGCAUUUCAAGGGCGGUCAAGUGAGUGCUUGUGAUUGGUGGAGAAGCUCCCACUUCUCAACCUGACCGAGCCUUAAAGAGAACUACCUGAGAAAAUUCGAUGAGGAAGAGUUCAGGAGAACGUGAGAGGAGGACAUGAGGGAAUACCGCUGGAACAAAUGGAAGGAUUUUAUUUCGUCAAACCCCGCCGUUGUUGACCAGACAUUGCAACAGAAUGUGCACGUGGACAAGGGUGAUAAGAGUACCGAUCGAGGCAACUGGGCCAAUAAGAAGGAGUACAUCCUUUCUACCAUUGGCUAUGCCGUCGGCCUCGGGAAUAUCUGGAGGUUUCCAUACUUGGCCUAUAAGAACGGCGGGGGAGCCUUUCUGAUACCUUAUUUUGUGAUGUUGGUACUGGCCGGAAGCCCUUUUUACUUCUUGGAAAGUGCAUUGGGGCAAUUCUGCAGCCAAGGCCCGAUUCACGUCUGGAGAGCAGUGCCGAUCCUACAGGGUGCUGGCAUUGCCAUGGUGAUUUUGACCUUUAUACUGUCCAUCUACUACAAUGUCAUCAUGGCCUACAGUGUGUACUACAUGUUUGCCUCCUUCCAGUCUCCUCUGCCCUGGUUCGACUGCUUCAGUUGGACCAACAGCAGCUGCAGCGACGCUCCUGGAGUAUAUUGCAAUAUAAGUGGUGCUUUAGUGGCCAAUUGGAGCCAAGCAAACAUGACCUGUCCUUCAUCCGACAUGAUCUUGGCUGCAGUGCAAAGCCCCAGUGAGCAAUACUGGGAUCGCGUGGCUCUGCAAAGAUCCGCGAGUAUCGACGAGACAGGUCCCAUCGUUUGGCACUUGGCCCUCUGUUUGCUGCUGAGCUCUAUCCUUGUUGGUGCCGCACUCAUCAAAGGCAUCAAGUCAUCGGGAAAGGUUGUGUAUUUUACUGCAACGUUCCCAUACGUGGUGCUUGUGAUUCUGCUGAUCCGGGGAGUGACACUAGAGGGAGCCAGAGAUGGGAUCCAGUUUUAUAUUGGCUCAGAGUCCAACUUGACUAAGCUGGCUGAGGCACAAGUAUGGAAAGACGCUGCGUCUCAGACCUUCUUCUCUCUGUCUAUUGGUUGGGGCGGAGUCAUAACACUUGCUUCUUAUAGCAAAUUCCACAACAAUGCCUUGAUGGAUUCAUUAAUUGUCACACUCACUAAUGCUGGCACCAGUGUGCUGGCGGGUUUUGCCAUAUUUUCCAUUUUGGGCCACAUAGCUCAUGUUUACAAAAUGCCUGUUGGGGAGGUGGUGAAGGAAGGUUUUGGCUUGGCCUUCAUUGCAUACCCAGACGCUCUGUCCAAACUGCCUGGUUCUCCAAUCUGGUCCUUUUUAUUUUUUUUCAUGCUGCUGACUGUUGGUCUGGACUCCCAGUUUGGAGCAGUAGAGGUGAUCAUCACAUGCCUGAUUGACUCCUCUCCUAAACGCCUCACCUCCAAACAUGGCACCUUGACCAUAUUAAUCAGUGUACUUCUCUUCCUCCUUGGUCUACCUUACGUCACACAGGCAGGGAUAUAUUGGGUGACUCUUGUUGACCAAUUUGUCGCAAGCUGGGUCAUGCUAAUUUUGGCUCUCUUGGAGAUCAUUGGUUUCAUCUACAUAUAUGGGGGAAACUCUUUUAUUAUGGACGUUGAGAUGAUGAUUGGCAAGAAGAGUUGGAGUUAUUGGUUCUGGUGGAGAACAUGUUGGUUCUUCAUCAGCCCCUGUGUUAUAGUGGUGAUUCUUAUCUGGUCUCUGAUGACUUUCAUACCCCCUACCUAUGGAACGGUCCAAUACCCAGCUUGGGCUCUGGCUUUGGGAUGGUGCAUGGAAGCGUUUAUCCUUCUUUGGAUUCCGCUCAUUGCUCUUUACAAGCUGAUAAGAGCACAAGGAACAUUGUGGGAGCGUGUGAAGUCACUGUGCUCUGCCUCGGAACAUUGGCAUCCCUAUCUAGACAUUCAUCGCGGUGAGCGUAUGCAGAAGAACACUGCAGUGCGCAGGAGGAGCUCCAGUAAUCUCAGCAAACCAGAACCAAGUCUAAAUGUCAUCUCCAGCUCAAAGUUCUGAUUAAUGUAUUUUGAACCAAUUUAACUAGCACACAGGUGACAAACUCACAUCGAGCCACUACACAUUUUGGCCUUUUUAAGCAAAUCACAUAUUUUUGCUUAACUUCAAACAAUUUUAAAAAUGCAAAUGAUCUUGAUUUGACACAAAUUCGUCUAUUCAAUGGACUUCUUGUUGU